UUCCAUUCAUCCUGGACUCUCUCUCGUCUGGAGCUGUCAAGACUUGGCCAGCUUGUCUAGGAUCCCUCGUUUAGCUAUCCAGAGCUCCACGGCGAAUAACAACAUUCCCAUAUACGUGAUCUUGGACUCUCGUAUAUCCCUACAUCUACAUCUUCUCCAAUAAAAAUCCGAGCAUCACAAACGCUUCGCCCAGCAUCACAUUCAGCAUCGCUAGCCUUCAAUAACCCUGAGGCCCUGUCCGUACCGAUCGGAAGUCUCAUCAAUGCUGCCCACAAGGACGGCAGACGGCAUCCCAAAAAUCUAUGCUGCCUCGUGUUAUCGUGUCCCCUAGUGGGCCAGACAGAGGAAAACAUGUUUUGCAUACCAGCUGCUUCCGAUUCCGCGAUCGCCGCAUUGGCACAGAUUUGCAAAUUCGCCAUUAUCCGCCAAGGUCUCGUUCAACGAUCAAAACCAGACGCCAGAUUUAUGUAAUUUGUCGCACGUGCAUGUCUCACCACGCAUCGAAAUAGAAAUUCCGCUUAAAGCGAUAUGGAAAAUCACCCCCCAACAAUAAGAUGUUCGUGACAGGUUUUUUCGAGCCGGAACAGAGAUCAACUAGCUAGAGAGUGUGAGUGAUUGUGUGCAGGUAGUAGUGCCUUUGGUGGGGAGAUAUGGGGGUUCGGUUUUUUCGGUUUGGAGGCCGUGGUUUUAGCUAAUGCGUCGCGGUAAGUUAAUACAACCGACUAGAGAUGACGGACUCUGGCGUAUAAGUCGUCACCACAGUCGACGAUGACGACGCCGACGGUAAGCAACGUGUAGCAGCGAUCGUUAUUCGGUUCCGUACAGGAACAUCAGACUUGAUCGGCCACUAGAGAUAGGUUGGAAGAAGCCGUUAGAAGCACUUGGUGGUGCUCGGUCAACCGUACCAGACGACCGGUGCCGGUGGUACAAAGUACUGUUUAGUGUAGUUAGAGGCCCCGUACCGUACAAGCUCACGCAGCACUCCUUCCACAGACCAUGGCAGAAGCAAAACGGCACAUGGUACAGCAGAACGAUGAACGGCACGGUGUCCACGAGGAACGCAUACCGCUACCGUUCGGUGAUGUAACCGCCAAAUGGUGGGGACCGCGCGAUCUUCGUCCGAUCGUUUGUCUGCACGGCUGGAUGGAUAAUGGCGGUUCGUUCGAUCGCUUGAUACCGUUGCUGCCGCGCGAAAUCAGCUUCCUAGCGAUCGAGUUCCCGGGCCACGGACGAUCGGCCCACCUGCCGGCAGGUGUGGCAUACAAUGCACUCGACACGCUGCGCCUUCUGCUGCACCUGAUGCAACACUACGGCUGGGCUCGGAUUUCGCUCAUGAGCCACUCGAUCGGUGCGGUGAUGAGUUACGUGUUUGCGGGCACCUUCCCGGAUCGGGUCGAUCUGCUCAUCUCGUUCGAUCUGCUCAAACCCUUCAUACUCGAUCCGGAUAUGGUGUUGUUCUUGCUGUCCGAUUCUCUGCCGAAAACGCUCGACUACGGUACCGGCAGCAAGAAGGAGGAAAGCAAGCUGUUCCGGUACGACGAGUACGUGGAGCAUAUGCAUGCCGGUUUUCACGAAUCGAUUAGCCGCGAUGCUUGCCAUUACCUGCUGUACCGUACGUUGGAACCGGCGGGCGAAGGACUUUACCGACGAUCGACCGAUCGCCGCAUACGGCACAACCAUGGGCUGGUGUGGUCGCACGAUGUGAAUCUGGAAAUAGCGCGCCGGAUACGGGUACCGUUCCUGUACCUCAAGACGACCGAAACGCCGUUGUUCGAGGAUCCCCAGUACCAUCAGGAAACGAUCGAUGUGCUAGCGGGUAGCAAUGCACUGUUCGAGCAUGCGCUCGUCGAGGGUAAGCACCAUGUGCAUCUGUCCCAUCCGGAGCGUGUGGCACCGUUUGUGAGGAACUUUUUGGAAAAGCACUGGAAAAGGGAGCAAUAUACGUUGUGCAAGCUGUGACGUUCGAGUGUUCGAGUGUGAAGGUGAUUAUUGAUCGUUUUAUGACGCGAGGAGCACAGACGUUGUUUUGUUCACGGUCGGGUUAAUGUUUAGUUCGAGUGAUGCUAAAUGUACGGCAAUAUAAUUUUACACAACC